AUGCAAAUGAGCCCUGUGAACGCUUCGAUAAUUCUCACCAACAGUAAUAAUUACAAAAAUGCAGAUGACGUAUUUGAAUAUUUUUCUCAUAAGAUAAACGAUGUCAAUAUUUAUUCUUCUGAUACACAUAUAUGUGAAGAAUUGUUAGGGGGAAUUCUUUAUAUCGGUAUAAUAUUAAGAAGAUCACAAAAGUUAUCAAGUAAUAAUAAAAAUAUAUUAAACUGGAUCGAAUAUUGUAAGAAUUGUCAUAUAAAUGUUGAUUUAGUACAUUUUAAUGAAAAUAAAACUGAAGUCUCAACAUUAGAUAAUAAAUUUAAUCUAUUACAAGAAAAUUUUUUUCAAAAGGAUAUUAAAACAAUCCACCGAAAAAUUGUAGGGAAAAAAAAAAUAAAAAAUGCGCAGCAAAAUGGACACGUGAAUAAUGACAAAAAUGAUGUUGAUAAUAAUAAAAAUGAUGAUGAUAAUAUAAAUACUAAUAAUCAUAAUAAUAAUAAUCAUGAUAAUAAUAAUAAUAAUAAUAAUCAUGAUAAUAAUAAUAAUAAUAAUAAUCAUGAUAAUCAUAAUAAUAAUAAUAAUAAUCAUGAUAAUCAUAAUAAUAAUUAUAAUCAUAAUAAUGAUAUAGGUGAUUACAUUUUUGUUAAUAUGGAUAGAAAUGAUCACCAUCCAAAUGGUAAAUUAGAAAAUCUGUUUUUUGAAAAAGAUUCAUCUUAUUUGGUACAUGCCAUUAUUUAUGUUAUUGAACUACCCCUUUCUGUAUCACAAAAAUAUCUUCACAAAAAGCUCAGCAUAAAGGUUCAACUUGUAGAAAGUAAACAAUCCGAAAAAACCCAAAAUCUCCAUAAUAUAAUUGACAAAAAGGUUCUAAGCGAAUUAAAAAAUAUUAUGCACGCUCCUUCAUCCAUACUAAAUAAUGUUCCCUGGUCAUCUACAUUUACAUCGAACAUGCUAUACGAAAAAAAAAGGAGGGUAAAAAAAAUGAAGAAACACAAUGACAAAAUCAUGAAUAAAGAUAGUGAUAGUGAUUAUAAUAAAAAUGAAAAUCGGGAGAACCACAACGAACGUGAUGAUAACAAUUAUGAUAAUAUGUAUAGUGAUGAUAAUAAUAAUUAUGAUGAUGAUGAUGAUAUGUAUAGUGAUGAUAAUAAUAAACAUUAUAAUGAUGAAGAUGAUAAUUAUGAUUCUAAUUUUUAUAAUGACUUUUUUUCUAAUGCAUAUGAUGAUGAAAGCAAUAAUAAAGACAAUGAAAAAAAGUUUCCUCUAAAUGUUAAUCCUCAUAAUAUAUACAAAUCAUUAAAUAAAUAUGAUGAUUAUAUGUUUAAAAAAAAUGUAAAAAAAAAUACAAAAUGUAUUACAUUAAAUAAACAAAUUAUAGUAAUUAAACCUUUAAAUAUACAAUGUAAAAUUAUAGAUAAUUAUUUAUUUAUUCAAAUUGAAAAUAUAACAAAACAUAAUUUAAUAUAUAUACAUGAACUCUUUUCAAGAUCUAUUUCUAUGAAUUCAAAUAUAUUCCCAUUAAAUUUAUAUCCUGAAGAUAUGUAUUCUAUUUAUUUUCCUAUAGUUAAUUUUGUACAAAUACUUUCUUUGAAAAACGUAAAAAAUAAACAAAAAAAAAAAGAACACCAAAAAAAAAAAAAAAAAAAAAUUAAAGAACAAAAUGAUAUUACAACGGUAUUAUCAAAAAAAAAAUAUAGUUUACAAUGUGAAAGACAAAAUACAGAUAAUGAUCAUGAUGAAAAUACAUAUGAUAAUAUAAAGGUACAUAGCGAAACAAUAUUAUAUAACAAUGUUAUAGAAAAAUUAAAAAAUAAUAUGCAUUAUUAUAAUAAUAAUCAUCAUUAUCAUAAUAACAAUCAAUAUAACACAUUUUCUUUUAAUAAUGAUAAAACUAUUAUUUCAUUAUCUAUAAAAUGGUGUAUAGAUAAUACAUCUAAUAAUUUUAUAUGGUCACAAUAUUGUAUGGAAGUUGAAGUACCUACACAAAAUAUAUUCAAUCUUGAAAUUUCUUUUGUUAAAGAAAUAAAUUAUUCUUCUAUUUUAAUAGCUAUCUUCUCUUUCUUUAAUAAUCAUCAUGAAGAUAUACAUUUAAUUAUAGAAAUACAAGACGAUCAUAAUGUCCUAAAUAAUCAUAUGCAACAUUCACUUAUUUCCUUUAAUUCAUCCAUCGAUGUAGGCAUUAUACAUCCACAACAAAGGAAAUCAGUACGCGUCAAAAUGUUGGCUAUAAUGCUGGGACUUCAUAACGUCCCCUUUGUAAAAAUUAAAGAUAAACUUACAAACAAAUAUUAUUUCGUAGAUCUAGGAACAAUACUCGUAACAGAAUGA